UCGUAUUGUUUGGGGUCCUCAGUGAACGCUCGGCGCCAGUGUCUCCGGCAGUCGCAGCUGAAGUAAAUACGAGCGAAAUUUAGUAAAAUACACCGUGAAAACAAGUCGUUAAGGACAUUUGGAUCCGCUCCCGUGGAACAAUGAAUCUCGAACUGCUCGAAUCGUUCGGGCAAAACUAUCCAGAGGAGGCAGAUGGCACUCUGGACUGUAUCAGCAUGGCCCUCACCUGUACCUUUAACCGUUGGGGUACCCUGCUGGCAGUGGGCUGCAAUGACGGUCGCAUCGUCAUUUGGGACUUCCUCACACGGGGCAUUGCUAAAAUUAUCAGUGCACACAUCCAUCCAGUCUGCUCUUUAUGCUGGAGUCGAGACGGCCACAAGCUGGUGAGCGCUUCCACAGACAACAUUGUCUCGCAGUGGGACGUCCUGACUGGAGAUUGUGACCAGAGGUUCCGCUUCCCAUCACCCAUCCUGAAACUGCAGUGCCACCCCAGAGACAUGGACAAGGUUCUCGUGUGUCCCAUGAAAUCAGCCCCUGUCCUUCUGACUCUGUCAGACUCCAAACAUGUUGUUUUGCCUGUGGACGACGACUCAGACCUGAAUGUGGUGGCGGCUUUUGACAGGCGGGGGGAGUAUAUCUACACCGGCAACGCCAAAGGAAAGAUUCUGGUGUUGAACACAAACACUCAGGAGCUGGUGGCUUCCUUCAGAGUGACAACUGGCACCAGCAACACCACUGCCAUCAAAUCGAUUGAAUUUGCACGCAAGGGCAGCUGUUUCCUCAUAAACACAGCAGACCGGAUCAUCAGGGUGUACGACGGCAGGGAGAUACUGACCUGUGGCCGAGAUGGUGAACCUGAGCCCAUGCAGAAACUACAGGACCUUGUCAACAGGACUCCGUGGAAGCGCUGCUGUUUCUCCGGUGAUGGUGAAUAUAUCGUGGCUGGUUCAGCUCGGCAGCACGCCCUCUACAUCUGGGAGAAGAGCAUCGGAAACCUUGUGAAGAUCCUCCAUGGAACAAGAGGAGAACUCCUGCUUGAUGUCGCUUGGCAUCCUGUCCGUCCAAUUAUUGCGUCCAUCUCCAGUGGAGUGGUGUCCAUCUGGGCUCAGAACCAAGUGGAAAACUGGAGUGCUUUUGCUCCAGACUUUAAAGAGCUGGAUGAGAAUGUGGAGUAUGAGGAGCGGGAGUCUGAAUUUGACAUCGAGGACGAAGACAAGAGUGAACCUGAGCAGACAGGCGCAGAUGCUGCAGAGGAUGAAGAGGUGGACGUCACCACAGUUGACCCCAUAGUUGCUUUUUGCAGCAGUGAUGAGGAGCUGGAGGACUAUAAGGCCCUGCUAUACCUUCCAAUUGCCCCUGAGGUGGAAGAUCCAGAGGAAAACCCCUUCGGCCCCCCACCGGACGCCUCGGUCCAGACUACUGCCCCAGAGGACGCGCUGGCCGGUGGUGACAAGAAGCAAAGGCAACCUUCAUCUGAAGGAGGCCCGGCCAAGAAGAAGGCUCGCACCACCACCAUUGAACUGCAGGGGGUGCCCAGUGACGAGGUGCACCCCCUGCUGGGUGUGAAAGGCGAUGGCAAGUCCAAGAAGAAGACAGCAGGCCGGCCCAAAGGUUCCAAAGGUAAAGACAAAGACUUCCCCUUCAGGCCCAAGCCCUACAGGGGCGAACGGCCCUCCUUCCCCGUGGAGGCUCUGGGCAGCUCUGGCCCAGGUGGAGGAGGAGGAGGAGGAGGGAUGAAGGGCAGAGCAGAGGGGGGCCUGCCCACAGGUAAGCACGCCACUGCCCCUGCUGCUGCUGAGUCUGGGAGCUCUGCUAGUCCUGCAGCCCUGCUAGUCUGACUGACACCGCCUGCCUCCAAGGCACCCCCACCCCACCCCACCCCACCUCCUGUAUUGCUUCAACCACACAUGAACCCCCCCACACACACCAACCCCCACCCUCCAACUCACUGACAGAGGCCCGUCUGUUGUAAAGCCGCAGUCUGGAGGUCAGAACACACAGGCUUGGUUUUAGUAUCCGUCUGAUGUGGUCCGAUCACAAGCGGACAGUUUUGAGCACGUCAAUUCACACCUGCCAUUAAAUGCAUCUUGAGUGACGUCUUGCGAUCGGAUUUCACCUCCCUGCUAUAUAUGCAAGUACACACCUACAUCACUAGAACACAAAGAAAGAAAUAUGAUAUUCAAAUUCAUGUAUGACGUUUGCUGAAUAAACAAAUAGGCUUAAAUAGUUAAGAAUUUGUUGUAGAAAGUGUUUCACAUAGUUUAUAAAGUUUCUCCUAAUGCAACAAGUCUCGCAGCCACGCCGUCUUUUAAGGGAGUUUGGGGUCUCUCUCCUCAGGCAUCAGAGAAGUAGCCUCAUUAGUAUAUGUUUAAUGUAUUUACAAAAUGCUUACUGUCAGUAUGUUAUAUUCUUUAGUAAAUUUGGUGUAAAUGGUGAAAUCCAAGAGAACUAAAGAGUGGUAACAACAUGGAGGACAAAUGAUGAAGCUAGGAACAAAUCAGGAACACAGAGGACAGUCAUGGACAGGGAAUAGACAUGAGAGACAGAAAAAUAUUGAAUAACACUAGAAUCCUUAGAGAGGUUGUUACUCUACUCAAAUUUUACCACAUAAUCUUUACAAAUCAAGAAAAAGUGGUAGAAACUUAUUAUUAUUAUUAUUAUUAUUAUUAUUAUUAUUAUUAUUAUUAUUAAUUGUCAAAUUAUACAUAGUUGAAUCCCUCCCAGACUGUGGCUUUAUGACUGUUUAACCUCUUGUAACCUCAGCCUCACUUUGACUAAUUUGUGAACUGUGGUGAAGUUGGACUGUAGUUGGCAGAUGGGUGUUGACGUGGAAAACUCUGGGAUGGUGCAGCUUGUUUCCCUGCGGGCUAGCUGGCUAGUCUACAUCUACUUCCUGCUUGGCCUUUGACCCUCCUGCUCCCGCUCCCACCUCGCUCCCUGGGCUUGCCAUGUGACAUGAACGUGUGUCUGUAGCAGCGUCGCUCAGGUCCUGUCUUCUCUGUUUCUGUGUGUGUUGGAGACGCGUGUGAUGACAAUUAAAGUCGGUUUUAACGUUUCAUCUUACUUUGAACUUCAGUCAAAAAUUCACCAACAGUUAGAUCAAAGGGGAAUCCUGGUAUUUUUUAAUUUGGGCACUGUACUUGCAUGUCUAAAUGAUUCCUACUUACUAAAUGUUUUGGAAUUGGUCCUGUACAUUGCCUCAGCUUGUAGCUGACUGAAAUGGCUGCAAAGUAUUCCUUGGGGGCUGUCAAAUUUAUGUCCACUAGAAAUGUUUAUUUUUGCUACUGACAGGGGGAAAUGUUGAAUCGGAGAGACGUGAGGCUGGUUAUACUUCUAGGGCCCUGACCGAAUUGUCUCCAUUCUAUUGAGUAAUGAAAAAAUGUCUUUCAUGAACUGGUAUCAAAGUCAAGGUAUCAGCACCGAAAAGUUCUUUAACGAAACCCUGUCCUAGAAUGAGGACAACCUGCAAGAAUUUAUUUCCAAAAUCAGGGCUGGUUACUUCACAUAUUUUGAAAGUCUAGAUGAAGCAACUGUAACAACUCACCUCACAAGGUUACAGAUUGAGAACUUGAAUACUUGUGUUUAGUGUUAAGCUCUUCCUCUUUAACACAAGGUACAAUUCUGUAGGAAUUGUUGCAGAAAUGUUGUCAGACAAUCAGAGUAACACCCUCAGCCUGUCAGUGACAAAAACAAGGACUUUAAGUGGACGUCGCUUUGAUUGUCAGAGUUGCCCCCUAAAGGAUUACAUUGCAGCUGAGGCAAACUAAUGGAUUGAAUCCAAAGCUUCUGGUAAGUAUGAAUCAUUUACAGUUCACAACAUGUUAAUUUAGGGUCUAGGUUUAAAAAUUCCAGCCGCCCUUUAAUCAAGCAAGUGUGCAGCACAAAUUUUGAGACUAAAUAUUCUGUAAGAUUAAAUUAGACUGUUCACCCCCAAAUCAAAAAUACACAUUUUUCCUCUUACUGCAAGUUCUAUUUAUUCAUCUUGAUGUUUUUUGGUGUGAGACGCCAAGUUUUGAGGAUAUUAGGACAUGAAGGUGUCUCCACGGUAAACUGUUUCCUUUUUUUAAAAAAUCACUAGUUUCUUUCUUUCAUUUCUAUAAUCAUAUCAAGGAUUAAAUUUUUUUUAAAUAUAAACAUUUUGCUUCUUCUUUAAACGGUUUUAUUAGUAGUGACUCAACAGCUUCCAAAAAGUGAUAUAGUGUUUAUGUGAUUAUAAUAAAUAUGUCAAUGAAAACAGGAUUGCAUUUAAAGUCAUACCAGAAAAACUAACUUUCCAACAAUGUCUGUGAUGUGUCUGUCUGACUGUAUCUGUGUUCCUCAGCAGGGAGUCUGGUCUCGCAGUCAUACAAACAGCAUGACAUCGGAGGGAUGGACUGAGCUGUGUACAGCUGUGAAGAAUCACCAACAGGCUUCAAACCAAGAGACACAAAGCCUGAAGUGAUGUACAGACUGUGUUAGUGAGCAGCCUGUUUGGAGUGCAGACUGUUUCCUCUUCCACUCAGAGCACAGCAACACAGGAAAACUCCUCAGCCCGGAUGAAUGACAGGAGCUGACAAGGAGAGCGUGGAGCAGUCGAGUCGUCGCAGUAGAGAUCACAUGUCCUCUGUCUCUGUAGGAUUCAUCGUGUAUAGAACGCCUGCAUCCUGAUAGUGUGUGUGUGUGUGUGUGUGUGCGUGUGGGUGAUGUCUUUCUUGUUGUUUUUAUACGUAUUAAAACAUUUUGGAUUUCUAAAUAACA